AUGGUUGCCGAUUUUUUGGACAGCAUUUAUCUGCUUGCAGUAUGGGCAUCCAAGCUGCCGGUUUUCACCAAGGAUAUGGAUAACCUGGCGCUGUCUGAGAGUCUGCCAGUUGGAGACGUGGUGUACACGCUGCAGGGAAUGACCGACCCUGAAGGACUACCAAUAAAAUAUGGCUUAGUCGGCACGGACAAAUUCGCAGUGAAUGCAGAUACGGGGAAUGUGACUCUUGUGCAUCCUUUGGACAGAGAAAAAGAAGACACAAUAAAAUUCCUCGUGUCUCUUGAGAACAGCGACCCUGCGUCAGGUCAGACCCUAGUGCAGACUCAGUCCGUCACCGUCAUCAUAGUUGACGAAAAUGAUAAUCCACCACUCUUCAAGAAUAGUCCUUACGAAGUCAAUGUGGCGGAAGACGAAGUCGUUGGAACGACGGUGUUGAGUAACAUAACGGUUGAGGACAUUGACUCCGUUGGCGAAGCUUUGGAGGUGGGCUGUGUGGCUAACGAACAGUGGCCAGAAGCGUGCGAUCUGUUCGAGGUGGUGAGUCUCCAUUCAACAGCCAACGAGUUCACCGGAGCUCUGGUAUUGAAAAGAUCUUUGGAUUACAAUGAGAAGCAGUUCUACCAGUUCCAGUUACACGCCACGGAUGGGACUCUUAAUUCAUCAUCUCCAGUGGAGGUGAAGGUAGUUGAUGUUCAGAACACUCCGCCGGUGUUCAGCGGAGCCCUAAGCGCGGCCCUACCUGAAGACGCGCCUGUGGGCAGCCUCGCACUCAUCAUCAAAGCCAAAGAUGGAGACAGGGCGCAACCGAGAGACGUCAAGCUCGAACUGGUUACAAACCCAAUGGAGUACUUCGUACUGGAUAGUAAGACUGGUGAACUGAGAACUGCUAAACCUUUGGACAGAGAAGCCUUGGCUGAUCCGAACUCACCACUCAAUAUUACUGUUAAAGCCAUUGAGUUAGUGGACGGCAUUCCUUUGGAUUCCCCAUCGAGUGUGACCCUUGGCUAUGUGGCUAUCACCAUACGUGAUGUGAACGAUGAGCCUCCUCGGUUCAACCGGCGGGAAUACUCCGUAGAACUGCUAGAGAGUUUGGCGCGGGGCACGCCGCUGCCACAUUUAGACAUGGUUGUCACUGAUACGGACCUGGGCAUGAAUUCGGUGUUUUCAUUAAGACUAGCUGACAACCUGGGUGCGUUUGUGGUGGAACCUUCACUGGCCACCGGCAGCGCUACCGUCACCUUGAGACUCAACUCCACCCUGGACUAUGAAGAUCCCAACCAGAGGAAAUUCAUUCUGGAGGUUAUAGCAGAAGAGGUCCACACGUCCCCACCCCUCUCGUCCAAGGCCAGUGUGAUAGUGUCGGUGAAGGACGUCAAUGAUAACUCUCCGGAGUUCGCUGAUGAUGCGUACUCCGCGGGGGUGAGAGAGGACGCGCCGCCCGGGACACGGCUGGCGGCGGUCAAGGCCACGGAUAGAGAUACGGGGAGGUUCGGUACCGAGGGUAUAGUGUACCAGUUGUCUGGUAACGGAGCAGAACUGUUCUCUGUGGAGCCAAGGAGUGGAGUCAUCAGCGUGGCGGAGUGUGAACACCCGGGGAGCGCGCCUUGUAUAGACUACGAAACGAGGAAGGAAUACUUCUUACAGUAUAAGGCUACAGAUGCUGACGGUACAGGUCAAAGUAGCGUGGUGUCGCUCCAGGUAUCGGUUAGGGACUCCAACGACAACCCGCCCGUGUUCCUCACGCCCGUCUACCGCGCCUCCAUCGAUGAAGACGCUACUAAGUUCGAACCGGAGCUACAGGUCCAAGCCCGUGAUCUCGACCCUACAUCCGACAUCCGCUACUCCAUUGUGUCUCCUCACAACCCUCCCUUCUGGGUGGAGCCUACUUCCGGUCGCAUUUCUGUGCUGCCCGGCAAGCUGCUUGAUGCUACAGACAACAAGUAUAUACUUACUGUCAUGGCGUCAGACGGUCGUUUCAACGCUACAUGUCGUGUGGAGGUGACCGUUCGUGAUGUCAAUGACCACCCGCCCGUUUUCGCUACCACUACCUACGACGCCAGCGUGUCAGAAGACGCUGCUAUCGGGACGGAAGUAGCAGCGGUACAAGCAACGGAUCUAGAUAGUGGGAUGAACGCUCAGAUUAGAUACAACAUACAGAAGGGAGCUCUGGAUGCCUUCAAUAUACACCAGGACACGGGUCUAGUUAGUGUGGCUGGUAGCCUGGACUAUGAUCGCAGGAACACAUACAAAAUCCUCAUCACAGCUACCGACAUGGGUGUGCCCAGUUUAACUGGAACCACGGAGCUAACAGUUCAUGUAUUAAACGUGAAUGACAAGAAGCCGGUGUUUAAACCCGCGGUACAAAGAGCUGGUGUAUCUGCGGAUGCUGAGGCCGGGACACUGGUGUAUCAACUGGUGGCUGAGGACCCUGACGCUGAACCUGGUGGCUUGAGGUUCACUCGUGGAGAUAAACCUGCUAGGGCGGUGGAUGCUAAUGGACAAGAGGUGAUAGAUGACGGUACUAUAUCUUCGUGGUUCAUAGUUUCUCCUUCGGGCGAGGUGUUCGUGUCGCACAGCCCGGAUCGCUCCCGGGCCGCGGUCGUCACGCUGCCCGUGGCUGUUACUGAUACCUCCGCGCCUAUACCGCAGACUACUGACGGCGAGUUGAUAAUAACCAUAGUGGACGUGAACCGCCAGCCCCCCGUGUUCUCUCAGCCGGCCUACGUGGAGCGGCUGGCGGAGGAGCAGCCUCCGGGCACGCUGUUAGCGACCUACAGCGCUACGGACAAAGAGACACCCAUCGCAUCUAUCACCAUACACCCGCCUAGCCCGUACUUCCGUAUAGAUAAUGUUACUGGUGAGGUGAGAGUAUCUAGUCGUAUAGACUAUGAAGCCACUCCGUCCCUCAACUUCACGCUGGUAGCGCACGACUCGGGCGUCCCUCAACUAUCUUCAUCGGCUGCCGUGUUCGUGGAGAUCAUUAAUAUUAACGAUGAGAAACCCGUGUUCAGUGAUGAUGUGUAUAACGCGACGCUAGAGGAACAUUCAACACCUGGAACCAGGGUACUGAAUGUGACUGCUGUAGACCUGGAUGCAGGUGAUUUCGGCAAGAUAACCUACAGUCUGUCCGGUGAAUCAGCCAGCCUGUUCACCAUCAAUCAGGAGGGAGAGGUCACAGUGGCAGAAGGAGCGGAUAUUGAUAGAGAAGCCACCUCGGAGUUGUGGUUCCGUGUGGUCGCCACAGAUAACGCGCCGCCACAGACUAAAAAAUCUUCCAGUGUGCCGGUUCACGUGAUCUUAACCGACAUAAACGACAACCCGCCGGUGUUCAGUCAGCGUGUUUAUAAAGGCAGUGUAUCAGAGAACGUUCCUCUGAGUCCGCCGCCCGCCCUACUGCAGCUUAGGGCGGAAGAUCCCGACCAGGGCGUGUACGGAACCGUAACAUAUAGUAUUGAGGAACAGAGUGAACCAGGUGUUUUCCGUGUGGAUCCCCAGACGGGCAUCUUAUCUCCCGUCAAGCCGGUGGUAGGUGGCGCCCUCUAUCGAUUGGUGGUAGCGGCUAGUGACGGUACUCACAACGACACCGCUCGUGUAGACAUCACUGUAUUGAGCGUUAAUAAACACAGCCCAGUGUUCGUACAGCCGCCGCUAGAUGUCAGGAGGAUCGAAAUACCCGCGCAUUCAGCUCAAGCUGGUUACCUAGUAACGACUAUUCAAGUGACGGACGAGGAUUCAGGAGAGAACGGCCGAGUGACGUACCAUCUUAAAGUUGACAACCAGAACGUUGGACACACCGAGGAGUUCAGUUUAGAUCCUGUGACUGGACAACUCACAACCAGGGUUCCUUUGGAUAUUGACAACCAAGUGGAGUACCAGUUGAUCGUGUCAGCGUCAGACGGUGGUACUCCAAGUCAGUUCGAGAGUCUCCGGGUGCUACAACUAGUAGUUGUAGACGACCAAGACCACGCGCCUGCCUUUAUACACAGACACUACCACUUUAGUGUGACAGAGAACUUACCAUCAGGCGUUAUAGUGGGCACUGUGAAGGCUAUAGACAAAGAUAGAGGAGACAACGGGAAGGUGUACUAUCAUAUACUGGAGGGAAACCAGGAUGGAGCCUUCACUCUGGAUAGGACCCAGGGCAUCAUAAGGACCAGCAUGAGCUUUGACAGGGAAAAACAAGACGAAUAUUCCAUGACAGUAUACGCCAGCAACAACCCGAUACUAGAACACGCGGCGGCCAUCUUGAACUCCAUAGACAAUAGCACGGAAAGUCAAGACGUGAGCGUCACCACCAUUAAGAUCAGAAUACUCGAUGAAAAUGAUAAUGAACCGAAAUUUGAACAAAAAAUAUACUAUGCGGGUGUAUCUCCGGGUGGUCGUGUGGGCGAGGUGAUCACGUCUCUAGUAGUUCGUGACCCUGACCUAGGUGUGAAUGGUUCCUUACUACUAGCAGUAGCAGCCUCUCACUUAUAUAAGUUCGGUUCCACCACUUCAAGUGGCAGCGUUGUUCCUUCACCAUUCAAUAUUACACAAGACGGUGUAUUAACAACAGCCACCCUGAUGUCAGACUACCGCCAGGACCGGUUCGUGUUGGACGUGAUCGCCCAGGAGCUGGCGCCUCCUCACCGACGAGACACGGCGCAGGUCUAUAUCUGGAUCAUCGAUCGUUCGUCCCUCCUGCGUCUGGUCGUGUCUCGGCCGUGUUCGUCAGCAGGUGCGCCUCACACCCGCCUGUCCGCUGCCGCCCGGGCGCUGCUCGUCCCGGGGAGGAAGGCCGCCGUGCACACCGCUGGGGAUGGAAGAUGGUGUGAGCUCCAGCUGCACGCUGUGGACCCCGUUACCUUCCAGGUGUUGGACGUCCGCCGAGUGCUGGAGGAUAUAGACGCUCAGUACGACGCGCUGCGACAGCUGUACCAGGAGUAUGGAGUAGAGACACUUACAGCUGCUGCUUCUGGAGAUAAAGCGCCCGACAGCUUCGACCCAGCGCUAGCAGCACUGAUAGCGCUGCUGAUAGUGCUGUUCACUGGCAUCGUGACAUUCAUCGUUGUCUGCGCAUGUCUUAAACACUGGGCGACUUAUUCUAGGGUGGUGCCACCGCCGUCGCUGCAAUCCAGCAAGGGAGAUAGCUUGGCGAGGAGAAGGAUCUUGGAGGAACUCAGCACCACCGAAAACCCGCUGUGGCUGGAAACCAAGCUCAGGCCUUACGAAGAACAGGAGCUGACUAUGAACGUGUUCGGAGAUACACAAGAACAUAUACAGGAACAGAAUCCAGUGGUGGACAAUACAUACGCCACCAUCGAGGGCGGUCGCUCCAGGUGUGGGGACUACGCCACGCUGACACCAGACCUGCAUCAGCUGGAACACGCCACCACAGCGCUGGAAGCAGCUUUAGGAUUCCAGGGCAGUACGUUCAAGCCUGAGCGAGAAACCCCAGAGCCACCUCCUCGGCCCUGA